GUUUUGUCAGUGAUUUCGAAUUUCAUAUUUGUGGGAGAGACAACAUGUGUGCACGAAACCAUUGUUUUUCUUUUUCACCCAUUUCUCUCAAUCCCUCAGUAGAAUUCGAGGCCCAAAACAUUUGAUCUUCAUCAUCAUCAUCAUCCUCUCCUUUUCUCAUUAAUACAGACAGACACGAUUUCUGAGAUGAAGAAAAUGAAGGGGCACUGGUUCGCUAAUGAUGAUAUCCCUAUGAAUAUACUAAGCCGUUUGUCUACGAAGACAUUGCAUCUCUUCAAGUCGGUUUCCAAAGAUUGGCUGAAUCUCAUCUCCGACCGCUCAUUCAUCAGCCUCCAGUUGAAAAGAAGCGAGCCCGUCUCGGGUUUUUACUUCCAGGAGGUAUUUCAGUGGACUGAUGAUGAAUAUGUAGAUCAAUGUAUUAGCUACAUUAAUGUUGGAGUGGAGAGAGUGAAUGUGUGGUGCAAUGUCUUGGAUUUCCUGCCUGAUAAUGUAGUCGUUCUGUCACUCAACAACGGCCUUUUAUGUUGUCGAACCUCUUUCCCAAACUCCCACCCCAUGAUCUAUGUCUGCAACCCUUUGAACAAGCAAUGGAGAAGUCUAAUGUGGCCUAAUAAUAUUGCCAAAGACUGCAGCAUAGCCCUUGCUUUUGACCCUUUUCGAGAUCCCAUUGAUGUCUCCACAGAUUUCAAGCUGGUUGCGGUGAGCAGGAUUGAGGAGGGAUACAAACAAAUUCUUGUAGAAGAAGAUGAAGAAGAGGAGGAAGAAGAAGAAUAUAGUUUCUUCUUUGACAUAUACUCGUCUAAAACUCGUUCAUGGAGGAGAUCAAAGGAGUGUUGCAAGUGCAAUCACGAGCUCACUAAAAACAGAGGUGUUCUUGCAGAUGGGAUUUUGUAUUGGCUGGUUGGUCAUGGCUAUGGAAUUCUCAUGUUUGAUCUUCAAAACGAGCUGUCUUGGUUGAUUCCCGGCCCUCUCCCAUCUGCAGAGUUCACUUGCACCCCGGAAAUGUGCAUAGGAGAAUCACAGGACAAACUGUGCUAUGUUAUAAUCUCAGAACAUGGGAUGCAACUAUGGAUUCUCGAGGAUCAAUUUGCACCAAAGUGGGAUUUGAAGUUCCAUGCAUCUUUAGACGAGUUGGAGGGCGAAAACAUAGCCGUGUUGUACAAUUUGGAGGAGAAGAUACGAAGCCGGUUGUCCAGAGAUGUGAUUCCUUGGAUGGAUCCUUUGUCUUUCAAAGAUGGAGUCGUGCUUCUACGCGUUUCAGCUGCUGUCUAUCUAUACGAGUUUGGUACGAGGAGGAGGAUGAAGAAGCUCUGUGAUGUUUCGACUUUGGGGCCCAAGGCCAUGUUCUCUCCCAUCGUUGUUCCAUACACCAUGAGUUUGGUUCCAGUUGAGCAAGCAUAGCAUAGAUAGAUAAAGAGAUUGUGUCAUUUUGUAAUGUUUGCUUGGCUCCGCACAUGUUUAGUUGCAAAUGUUAUGCUAUGCAGCACUGAUAUAGAUAUUUUGCUGGCAAUGUUUUCCACUUUCUAUACAGUUUAUGAAGAUCGAUUACUAGGUGAUUUGGUCUGUCUAUGGCUGCAGAAUUUUGUGGAAAGAUUUGGAUAAUUUUUAUCAAUCU